UUUCGUCAUACACGGAAAGAAGCCACUACUGCCUUUUUCCUUUACUCUUGAAAGAAAGUCUCUAAUCGUUUUUUUCUUUUUCUUUUUUUAAAAAAUAAUCACUCAAAACCACCAUGGUUAUCUCCAAGACUGCAUCCCAAUCGGAUGUCUCCGUCCACUCCACCUUCGCUUCUCGCUAUGUUCGAGCUUCUCUUCCCCGGUUUAAGAUGCCGGAGAAUUCGAUUCCAAAAGAAGCAGCUUAUCAGAUCAUCAACGACGAGCUAAUGUUGGAUGGAAACCCGAGGUUGAAUCUGGCAUCCUUCGUGACCACAUGGAUGGAGCCAGAAUGCGAUAAGCUCAUCAUGGCUGCCAUUAACAAGAACUACGUCGACAUGGAUGAAUACCCAGUCACCACUGAGCUCCAGAACCGAUGUGUGAACAUGAUAGCCCAUCUUUUCAAUGCACCUCUUGGAGAUGGAGAGGCUGCUGUUGGAGUGGGAACAGUAGGGUCAUCAGAAGCCAUCAUGCUUGCAGGCUUAGCAUUCAAGAGAAAGUGGCAGAACAAGAUGAAAGAACUAGGCAAACCUUAUGACAAGCCUAACAUUGUCACUGGUGCCAAUGUCCAGGUAUGCUGGGAGAAAUUUGCAAGAUACUUUGAAGUUGAGCUAAAAGAGGUGAAAUUGAGAGAUGGAUACUAUGUGAUGGACCCCGAGAAAGCAGUGGAGAUGGUGGAUGAGAACACCAUCUGUGUUGCUGCUAUCUUAGGUUCCACCCUUAAUGGAGAGUUCGAGGAUGUCAAACGUUUGAAUGAACUCUUGCUAGAGAAGAAUAAACAAACAGGAUGGGAUACACCAAUUCAUGUGGAUGCAGCAAGCGGUGGCUUUAUCGCACCAUUCCUUUACCCAGAACUUGAGUGGGAUUUCAGGCUGCCGCUAGUGAAGAGCAUCAAUGUUAGUGGCCACAAGUAUGGACUUGUAUAUGCUGGAAUUGGUUGGAUCAUCUGGAGGAACAAGCAGGACCUGCCUGAUGAGCUUGUCUUCCAUAUUAACUAUCUUGGUGCUGAUCAGCCCACUUUCACUCUCAAUUUCUCUAAAGGUUCUAGUCAAGUCAUUGCCCAAUAUUAUCAGCUCAUUCGGCUAGGUCAGGAGGGUUACAAGAACGUAAUGGAGAAUUGUCAAGAAAAUGCAAUGGUACUGAAAGAGGGAUUGGAGAAGACAGGAAAAUUCAACAUCAUAUCAAAAGAUACAGGAGUUCCAUUGGUAGCAUUCUCUCUCAGAGACAACAGCCGUCACAAUGAGUUCGAGGUUUCAGAGAUGCUGCGCCGCUUUGGAUGGAUUGUGCCGGCUUACACCAUGCCGCCUGAUGCUCAGCAUGUAACAGUUCUGCGCGUCGUGAUACGAGAAGACUUUUCAAGGACGUUGGCCGAGCGCCUUGUCUUGGACAUCGACAAGGUCUUGCACGAACUUGAUACUCUCCCUGCCAAAGUCACAGCCAAGUUGACAGGCAACGACGAGAAUGCUCAUAAUGUGGCCCUUGUCAAGAAAACUACUCGCGAGGUGCAGUUGGAAAUCACUGCAGCCUGGAAAAAGUUGGUCGCGGACAGGAAGAGGACCAAUGGCGUUUGCUGAUCGAUUGUUACCGAAACCUUGGAACUUAUGCUGGUAAAAGUAAACUUUGUGAGUAAUUUUGGACUUGAGCGUGGUAGAGUUUGAUCGUUUAGGACUGCAUCUAUGAGUUGUCAUCCCCGCUGUAUUGGGAAGAUUACCUCUUUUUUUUUUUUCCCCAUCAGAGUUGUAUUGGAAGGAUUACGGUAUAUUGUGUUUCUGUAAUCUGGAUUCUCAACAGAGAAGUGAGCCAGUCUUAUCUUAUUUUAAUAUGUUUGCGCA